GUAUAGAGCAUGGCUCAAGUGAAAGUACAGACCACAGCGCCCCUGGCUGGUCCUGGCCUCUCCCCUGGAGUUCCUCCCACGGCCAUGGCCAGCCCAGGACCCCUGGGUCUGCAGCCCUCUGUCAACGGCACAGGCCCGGCCCCCACACCCGCCUGCCCUGCUCCUGCGGUCGGAUAUGGGGACGCUCCUGUGUCUGCCACGCCGCCAGGCUCGCCCCAGGAGAACAUGGCAAACCCUAAAGAGAAAACUCCAAUGUGCUUGGUGAAUGAGUUAGCCCGUUUCAACCGGAUCCAACCACAGUACAAGCUCCUCAACGAGAGAGGCCCUGCACACGCCAAGAUCUUCACGGUGCAGCUGACUCUUGGGGAGCAGGUGUGGGAGGCAGAGGGUACCAGCAUCAAGAAGGCCCAGCACUCCACUGCUGCCAAAGCGCUGGCCGAGAGCGUCCUUCCCAGGCCCGCGCCUCGCUCGCCUAAAAUAGACGUCAACAGCAACCCAGGCAGUAUAACACCCACAGUAGAGCUGAACGGUCUGGCCAUGAAGAGAGGGGAGCCCGCUAUAUACAGGCCUUUGGAUCCCAAACCCAUGCCCAACUACAGAGCGAAUUACAACUUCAGAGGGAUGAUUAACCAAAGGUACCAUUAUCCUGUUCCUAAGAUCUUCUAUGUGCAGCUCUCUGUGGGAAGUCGCGAAUUCAUUGGGGAAGGACGCACCCGCCAAGCAGCGAGGCACAACGCCGCCAUGAAAGCCCUACAAGCACUGCGCAACGAACCGAUCCCCGAACGGCCACCGCAGAAUCCAGAAGAAAAAGUGGAGACACCGGAAGGAACUGAUGCCAGCAAAUCAGAAAUAAGCCUCGUCUAUGAAAUCGCCCUCAAGAGAAACUUGUCUGUUAACUUUGAGGUGUUGAAGGAGAGCGGCCCGCCUCACAUGAAGAGCUUCCUGACCCGCGUCACCGUCGGCGAGUUCUCCGCCGAGGGCGAGGGCAACAGCAAGAAGCUGUCCAAGAAGCGCGCCGCUCUGUCCAUCCUGCAGGACUUGAAGAAGCUCCCCUUCAUACCGACUGUGGAGAAACCCAAGACGCACUACAAGAAACGCACCAAGACUAUCCUCAAGACGGGACCAGACUACGGUCAGGGCAUGAACCCAAUCAGCCGAUUAGCCCAAAUCCAGCAGGCCAAGAAGGAGAAGGAGCCCGAGUACCAGCUGCUCUCUGAGAGAGGGAUGCCCCGGCGUCGGGAGUUCGUCAUGCAGGUGAAGGUGAACAACGAGGUUGCCACGGGAACGGGACCCAACAAGAAGGUGGCCAAGCGGAACGCUGCCGAGGCGAUGCUGCUGCAGCUGGGGUACAAGGCCUCCGCCGUCUCUCUGAAUCCCUCAGAGAUGGACAACAAAGGCUGGAACGGACAAAAGGCGCCUUUUACCGAAGCAACGAGUAACACCCAGAAGGGUCUGCUCCACCUCAGCCCCGACGUGUAUCAGGAGAUGGAAGCCAGCAGGAAGCAGAGUGGCAGCACACCGGGCUCCGCCGGCAGCAGCACCGGAGGGGCCGUCAGUUACGUCGCAUCCAAAGACAUGGGGCCCUGCUCUGCCCCUCUACCCCCGGGACAUUCUCCGUAUUACAGCGGCUCGCCCUCGUCACCCAGCCCCACUGCUACCAUGGCCAGGGAGCUGCUGCUUAAUGGACAGUCACCCCCAGCAGACGGGUCUCUGCCCAUUAAGGGGAAGAACCUGGCCUGUAGCGUCUCUGUGCAGCCAGCGCAGCAGCUGGACUACCUGGCUCACAUCCAGGGCUUCCAGGUGCAGUACAGUGAUGCGCAGAGUGGGACGGAUUUCGUGACCUAUCUGACCCUAUCCCCAGUGCAAAUGACUUUCCACGGCACCGGGAGCACCCUCCAAGCCAGCCAUGACCAGGCUGCUCUAAGUGCCUUGAAACAGCUGUCGGAGCAGGGACUGGACCCAGUGGACGGCCCCAUCAAGACCACCGAACCAUGCGGGAGGGAGGAUGGACAUUAAACAGACUAACUCAGGCACCACCACUCAGGUCUGCAAGGAUUCAAAGGCCGUCGUCAAGGAGCUGACAACACCCCCCCCCUCCCCAUCCCACUCCUCAUCCAACAACACCCACCUUACACCCCAAAAUACCCCCAACCACCCAUCCAAUCCUCCUCCACCACCCGAUUGCCACUGUAUCCUGCAAAGCCUGUCAACAUGCAAUAGGGUGGAUGUGCACCGAGAAAUGACCGACUAAAGCACCAUUCCCCGAGUCUAUGUGAAGACAACACUAUCCCAACGUGUUUAUGGAUGAUUUCAGUCAGAUUUUAGGUGACAAAAGUUGAUGCAUAGAACACAGAGGAAUGGGAUAACUGCAUGGUAACGUGUGAAAUCAAGGGAAGUCCAAAGCGAUACACCGCGUAGAUGAUAUGUUCCCUUUGGAAUAGGUGUUGGUAUGGUUAAAAACAAAUAUGUACAUCAUGCCAUUGAUUUACGAAAAAGAAACAUUUUAGGACAGAAACCGACUUGCGUACCGUAGCUUUUAUUUUUUUUUUUUUUCCUCCUGAGGUAUUACGUUACCUUAUUUUUUAAUUAUUUUCGUUAUUUUAAUAUUCUAACAAUGCUUGAGUACUGUAUUUAAAAUUAACCAAUGCCAGUGCUGUGAAAGUUGUAGUUGUUGUCUUCAUAUAUAGUCACCCAGCUUACCUUGUAUGCUGACAAAAAAAAAGGAAACUGUUCAUCUAUCUAUAUGGAUGUGUAUGACUUUGCAAGAGUAAUCAUAUUCCAAAAAAAAAAGAAAAAAAAAAAAGAGGAUGCCACAAAAGUCUCUUUUUAUGUGGACAAAAAGGACAAAACUGGUGUUAGAAGUUUAUUAUUAUUAUUAUUAUUAUUAGAGGUGUUUUAACACGACCCCACCCUGGCACUGUGUCACUGGAGCAGAGAGGGAUGAAAUGCAGAGACAAAGGAGGGGGGGUUAGGGGGGGGCACUGCUUUACUCCUUAACUUGAAGACAAAGCAAUUAUGACUGAUGUUCUCGAAUGCCGAGGCCAGGCUUCAGAGAGCUUUGCAGGUUCUCCAACGAGCGGGAAGUGCUCACCGUUCCAGUGGUUCUGUGCCAGUGGAUCAUUCCCCCCCCCCCUCCUCCUCUCCCUCCCUCAACAGUUUUGUCGAUCACAUCUACACCCAUUGUGUGUGUUGUAUUGACUUGCCUAGGCAUCAACUGGGUGCUUUUAAUGCCUGCUACUCUGAAAAGUGCAACGUUUGAGGGGAGAGAGAGCCUGUGGCUGAACUGCAGACUCCCCCCCCCCCCCCCUCUUAUCCCCAUGAACGACACUUUUGGGUCACUUUGUCCACUGACGUUGAGGAUGUGUGUUCUUCUUCGCUGUGAGUGCAAUGUGUCAUAAGGCUGUUUCUGUCUGAAAUGCAGUAAAAACACCUCAGUUCAUGUGGUAAA